CCAGGGGUACUUUCUAUGAGGUCGGGGUUGCCAUGGUUACCAAAACCUCCUGGUUUCUUCCUCCGGACCAUUCGGAACCAGCAGUUUCCGUCCCGUCCGGAGCCAGGCGGUUCUGGAGAACCGGGAUGUUUUUCUGCUCUGUUUGCUCCGCAGCUUCAGGAUCAGCCUCUGACGUCACGCCGAUGCGCUGGUCCAAUCAGUAGCGUCCUGGACCGGGUCUGGGUCCAGUCCGCCGCGCCUGGUCCGGCAGAAGGAAGCAGCGGCUGCGGAACCGGGAUGAUCCGCAGGACCGGGCGGUUCUGGUGGCUGGGCGUGACGUCCUGCGGAGACCCGGUUCUGAGCGGCCGGCAGCGGGCCCUGUGCCGCGGGAAGCCCUUCCUGCUGCCCGGCGUGCGGGACGGAGCCCGGCUGGCCGUGGCGGAGUGUCGGAACCAGUUCCGACUGGAGCGCUGGAACUGCUCCACGACCCGGAACCCCGCGGCCGUGUUCGGCCACGAACUGACGAGCGGAACCAAGGAGACGGCGUUCAUCUACGCGGUGAUGGCGGCGGGUUUGGUCCACUCCAUCACUCGGUCCUGCAGCCAGGGCAACAUGACGGAGUGCGGCUGCGACGCCCGGCUGCGCGGCGGCGGCACCGGGGCGGCGGAGGGCUGGCACUGGGGCGGCUGCUCGGACCACAUCCGGUUCGGAACCUGGUUCAGCCGGAGGUUCAUGGACGUCUCGGGGACGAACUCGUCAACGGGCCGGGUCGGGUUCACGCUCAGCACCAUGAACCAGCACAACGCCGAAGCCGGACGGCAGGCCAUCGAGACGACCAUGUCCACAGACUGUCGCUGCCACGGUAUUUCUGGUUCCUGCGCGGUGAAGACCUGCUGGAGGUCCAUGGCGCCGUUCCAGCGCGUUGGCGUUUACCUGAAGGAGCGAUACGAGCGCAGCGUCCAGGUGUCGGACCGUUCCAGGAGGAAGACCAGAAAAAAGGACCAGCGCCGCCCUGUGGACAAACACGAACUCAUCUACCUGAACAAGUCUCCAAACUACUGCCUGGAGGACAGGCGGCGUGGCAUCGCCGGCACCAGGGGGCGCCGCUGCAACCGGACCUCCACCGGCCCAGAUGGAUGCAACCUGCUUUGCUGCGGCAGAGGCUACAACACGCAUGUGGUGAGGAACAUCCAGCGCUGCGAGUGCAAGUUUGUCUGGUGCUGCUACGUCCACUGCAGGCGCUGCGAGAGCAUGAACGACAUGCACACCUGUAAAUAAGUCCACACCUGGAGCGGGAAGAGAAGACAGUCCUGCAUGGAUGGAGGUUCUGAUCGGAUCAGGAUCAGCUGCAGGUCACUGCUGGAGCACAGCUCCACUUGUCAUCCAGGAGCCUGAAGGAAUCCUGGAAACAAACUCCAGGCAGGACUUGGUUUUCCUCCAGGCAGGGCCGGACUUAGGAGGGUGUGGGCCCCUGGGAUUGUGCCAAGGUGUGGGCCCUGCUUAACCAUCGUUAUACAUUUGAUUAAGUACACACACACACACACACACACACACACACACACACACACACACACACACAUAUAUCCCUGAUUUCCUUCCCUUUGGGUGCUCAGCGUUUGGCCGUGACUUACUAGUGGAUCCGAUCCACAAACCUUUUCUACCCACAAGCUGACAGAAACCAGCCACUGUCCACCAUGAGGCUGAUGACCCACUGUCCACCAUGAGGCUGAUGGACCCUCUGUCCACCAUGAGGCUGAUGGACCCACUGUCCACCAUGAGGCUGAUGGACCCACUGUCCACCAUGAGGCUGAUGGACCCACUGUCCAC